UUAAAAUGCAAAUGAGCCAAGGGGAAUUUUGGCUAAAGUAAGAGGAAAUAAAUUAAGGAGUUUAAGAUGGUUAAUAAAAGAGAAAGAAUAAAAAAAGAAUAAUUACAAAUCCAAGUUAAUAAACAGGGCAUUGGAGUGAAUCUGAACAUUAAACUUAUAUAGAUUUUUUGAAUAUACAUAGAUCUGUGAUGGAAUCAUAAGAUUAAAAAAAGACUAGUAAAAUAUUUAAGUUGAUGAGUGAGACAAUAGGUACUAGAAGUCCAUCUUAAUGUAGGUUGUAAAUAAAUAAAUAAAUAAUAAUUAGAUCUCAUCAUUAGAAAUUUAAUCCUUUCAUUCAUUAAAUAAAGAAAAGACAGAAAGGAGCAGGAAGAAGGAAAAAGGAUAAUUAAAAUACUGAGAAAUUGAAUAAGAAUGAUGAAAAUGCAUUCUUGUAAUCUUUAUAAAUACAGCAUUAAUUAUUUUAGUAAUAGCCUUUGGUAAUUAUGAAAUUUAAUUUAGGAUUAUUAAAUGUUAUAAUUUCCCUAUUUCCCUUGUGUUCCUAUAUUUGAUAAUCAAUUUAAAGAUGAUGAGAAAUUGAAUGAAUAAUAGCAAUUGUAUUUUUAACAAUGUAUGUUGUUCCAAUAAUAAUUGCCAUAAUAAUUGGAUGAUAAGAAUAUUUGUUGUUUCAAUUUUAAUUUUAUGCCUCAAUAGUAAGUUCAUUUAAAUUUUAAUUACUUCCAAUAAUAAUAAAUGUUGAACAAUGAUUUUUAAGGUUUAAAUUCAGGAGAUUUCAAUAAUAAGGAAAACUAAUUCGAUGAAUAAUGA